AUGGCCGACCUGACACCCAUUCGUGACCUUGAGGUCAAAUAUACCCAGCUGUUCAUCAACAACGAGUUUGUGAAUUCUGCCAGCGGGAAAACUUUCCCCACCAUCAACCCGGCCACUGGGGAGAAGAUUGCUGAUGUUCAGGAAGCUGACAAGGCUGAUGUGGAUCGUGCUGUGGAAGCAGCCAAGGCAGCCUUUGCCUUAGGUUCUCCGUACAGGAAGUUGAAUGCCAGCACGAGGGGACAACUCUUGAACAAAGUGGCUGACUUAAUUGAGAGAGACAUAAGUUACAUCGCUGUAAAUGGCAACCACUUCAGCUACACCCGCCAUGAACCUGUUGGAAUCUGUGGCCAGAUCACCCCGUGGAACUAUCCCCUCAUGAUGGCUACCUGGAAGAUUGCUCCAGCAAUUGCCGCAGGAAAUGUUGUCAUCCUCAAGCCAGCAGAGCAGACGCCAUUGACAGCACUGUAUCUGGCUUCUCUCAUUAAAGAGGCUGGCUUCCCUGCAGGAGUUGUGAACAUCCUACCAGGGUAUGGACCUACAGCUGGCGCAGCAAUCACCUCCCACCCAGAUAUCAACAAGGUGGCUUUUACUGGAUCCACUGAGGUUGGCCAGAUUAUCCUGCAGGCUGCAGGUGCCACCAACAUCAAAAGGACAACUCUAGAACUGGGAGGCAAGAGCCCGUGUGUGAUCUUUGAUGAUGUCGAUUUGGACAAAGUGGUCCCACAAGCACAAGAAGCCUGUAUGACCAACAUGGGUCAGUGUUGUGUAGCAGGGACCAGGACUUUCGUGCAAGAGAAGAUUUACGACGAUUUUGUUGCCAGGAGCAAAGAACUGGCUAAAACCAGAAAAAUUGGUGACCCCUUUGAUUGCAGUACAGUCAAUGGACCCCAGAUUGACGAAGAGCAGUUUAACAAAAUCCUGGAUUUAAUUCAAAGUGGCAAGAAGGAUGGAGCCAAGUUGGAGGUUGGUGGGGAAAGAUUUGGUGACAAGGGUUACUUCAUCAAGCCAACUGUCUUCUCCGGCGUUACUGAUGACAUGAGAAUUGCCAAAGAAGAG